AUGAAUGAAAUCAAGAUCCUUACUUGCUUGAGGCACCAGAAUCUUGUCUCUCUCUAUGGCUGUACAUCUAGGCGCAGCCGGGAACUCCUACUUGUUUACGAGUACGUUUCUAAUGGCACAGUUGCAGAUCAUAUCCAUGGUGACCGAGCUAAUGAAGCACCACUCUCAUGGCCAAUUCGCAUGAACAUUGCCAUAGAAACUGCUAGUGCAUUGGCAUACCUACAUAAAUCUGAUAUAAUACAUCGCGAUGUGAAGACUAACAACAUACUACUCGACAAAAAUUUUUGCGUCAAAGUUGCAGAUUUCGGGCUUUCAAGACUCUUCCCUAAUGAUGUCACUCAUAUAUCGACUGCCCCUCAGGGAACUCCGGGAUAUGUUGAUCCAGAAUAUCAUCAAUGUUACCAACUUACUAAUAGAAGUGACGUUUACAGCUUUGGAGUUGUCCUCAUCGAGCUCAUAUCAUCAAUGCCUGCUGUGGAUAUAAGUAGGCAUCGGCAUGAAAUCAACUUAGCCAACUUAGCGAUAAGCAGGAUCCAACGGUGUGCCUUUGACGAGUUAAUGGAUCCAUCUCUGGGAUUUGGAUCUGAUGCUGAAGUCACAAGGAUGACUACUUCAGUGGCGGAGUUAGCUUUCCGAUGUUUGCAACUUGAUAAGGAUCUGAGGCCUUCUAUGGACGAAGUAUUUGCAUUUCUGAAGGAGAUAAGGGGGGACGAGGAGUUAGAAUUUGAGAAUAAAAUGGAGACUAAUGAUAAUAAUAGCGUUCAAAGAGGUGUAAAGAUCCCACCUUCACCUGAAACAGAUGAUGUUUUAUUGUUGAAGAACAAGUACUUACAAUCCUCACCAAAUGCUGUGACUGAUAUGUGGAUCAGUGGCUCUACAACAGCUAGUUCCAGUGGGUGA